CUCGAAUAAACGUUUACCUACUUUAUCGUCUCGUCUCUCCUACCAUUUUUUUCCUACUUCUAUUCGUUAAUAAAACGAUAAAUCGCCACCAUAUUCUUCUCUUCAUAUCAAUUACGUCUUCAGCACAACACCGAUAUUAUCGACAUGGCUCAUACUAUCGAAGGAGAUGGUUUGUUCCAGCUUAACGAAGCCUUGAAAAUUCUAGUUGAGCAGCCUGAGAAGCUCAAAGAUGAUCGACUACGCUUCUACAACCUCGCAUUGGAAUUUAAUGCACGCGACACGACUAGGUUAGGUACUCCCUAUUCACCCGACAUCGAAGAAGUCGGCCCAGAAGAUCCACAUCUUAUAGCAAAAUUCUACAUAAUUUCCGAGGAGCGCGCGGCAUCUUACCCUUCGCAGCAAUUCAAAGCCCAGACUAGCUAUAUGGCGUCGAAGAUUCGCGAUGCAAUAAAGGACGGGAAACUUGUCCUGCCAGCUGGCAUAUCAUCGAGGGAGUAUACCAAGGAAUGUAUGAGAAAGGAAUGGAUCAAACAGGGAAUUUGGAACGAGAAUUGGGGCUCGAAGCCCGGUGACCGAUGGAAACAUGAAGAACCGGCGGAAAUCGAAAUGAAAGUAGAGAAUAAAGCCGACUUCGAUAACAAGCCAAACACAAGCCGGACAGAAAUCCCGGAGCGGUCCAUCGUGGAGUCAAUGGAGCGAAAGUUUGAGCGUGAUGCCUCGCGCCCGUUUCAUCAAUUCAUCUAUCACCUAGGGAAAGCGAGAGAGGAAAUCGAAAGCGAAAUCAAGGCUGGGGACGACGAUGUCAAUGUCCCUAACGAUAUCGGCACGAUGGCUUAUGAGAGAGUAAAGAACCAGUGGGCUGAGAAUUCUAUCUGGGACACCAACUGGGGCAUGUUCCCCGGAAUGUCUUGGAAGCAUGAAAGACCUAUAGAAGAAUUCCUUGACGACGAUGUAAUCGCUGCUGCAAAAGCAAGCAUUCUAUUACAAGAUGUCAAGUGGCAAUCCGCGCCAAAAUCACCCGCUAAGAUAGACUGCCAAGUUUCGAACAGUGAUACAGAUCAGAAAGAAACAGACCUGAAUGUUGGGGUACCCGAACAAGAACAUGGUACGAGUAAAUGUGAAUCUUCACCACCUCGUUUAAUCAGCCAUGAGAAGAAGCGAACCUCUACACACCAUGCAACGCCUCUGCAAUCGAACGAGGAAAUCCAGAUAUGGUGUUCUCAAGGAGCAAACACACCAGCUCCCGAGGGCUUUUCUACCCAAUCUCUCCCAAAUCCCCUCAACGACCAAACACAACGCUUAGGGUCGGCCAACGGAAUCAAAUCAGGGCAUCCAAUGUUCAGAACCAAAUUAAAUGUGCUUGGAGAAUCACUCCGCGCCAAUUCAUUGCCGCGACAGCAAGAGAUACGAUGUGCAAUAAGCAAGGACACCGAUAUAGAAUCGAAGGAGAAUGAGCUGCCUAGAAUCUUUAAUAAGGUAUUCCUUGGCGGUGGAGGUUUUUCCAAGUACUCCUUUCUAUCCCGAUCUCCGGUUUUAGGCCCCCAAGAAUUUCUUUAUGGAGUCACAAGCAGCGCAGACCUACAAUACUCCAAUGUGGUGUAAAAACCUUUCGUACGAGAGGCCUUGGGGAUGGAAGGGCAGGUUCCUCUCAUCAUAAUCGCGGAACCCCGUCAUAUCGGACGUCCGAGGUACUCGUAAUGCCAAAAAGGGACGACUAUUUCAUAUUACCGACCGACCGGCUUUUACGAGAUUAUACAAGGAACUCGAUCGUGGAACACUUUGAGUAAGAGGCCCCGAGGUCGGAAGACUAAGGAGUAUGCAACAGCUGGCUACCCUUGUUACCUAUGUGGCCUAGAAACUUGCUUUUCGAGCGUUAGGAUGAAGAUUCUGCUGGCAGAAUGGGCGUUGAUUUUAGAUAUCAGUAAAUGCUUACUUGCGUCUGCGACGGGAAUGGCGAAGCAAAUACUACGUAUGUGUUAUUAUUAGUGCUACAGCAUGCGAUGCGUUAAAGGUCGAGAAAUUCUAAAAUUCUUAGUUGUAAGACAUGUUUAAGUCAGUGAAAUAAAUCGU